UUCUGUAAAACAAAAUCAUGCAAUUUAACAUUUUCUGCUUUAAGCUAAACAAAGUCAAUAUUUAGUGUGACAACUGUCUGUCUUUAAAUUGUUGGUUCUUGUGUUCUCCUGUCUUCAGGUAGAUUUCUGCUCUCCAUCACCUCAGACACACCUCACACACUCCUCUCACACUCCUCCACUGUGUAUCAGGAUGAAGCUCCUCGCUCUGGUGCUCCUGCUCUCUGCUUUCUCCUCACUGGCUCUGUCAGAAGUUGUGAAGAAUUUUGACAGGUCUAGGUGUUCUGAGUUCUUCAUCCGAAGCCCGAAUAAAAAAACCAUCAUCACCCCGACUGUUUUCAAGGGGCAUCAGUUUAAGCAGAUUUGUCAGUGCUGGAACAGCAAAUACAGAUUUGCAACACUCUAUGACACAGAGCGGAGGAUCCCCGUCUACUCAGCCUACACAUUCUCUGGUCAAAAAGAGUCCAUGAAUCUGUCUCUUUCUAAAAAUAUCCGAAAUGAAGAGUGGAAAAAUGAGCCUCAGCUGGAAAACAAUAAGAACAGUCCAGAAAUGAAGAAGAUCUCUGAUGCUGAGAUGAAUGAGUUUGUUCACCAGGCUGUGGACAGAGACUAUAAAGAGAGCGGAAAAUAUACUAAUAUCGUUUAUACUAGAGGUCACGUGUUUCCACGUCAGUAUGCUGCUGAUGAGGAUCAGGCAGAUUCCACCUUCACGUUUACCAAUGUAGCACCACAAACACAACAUAGCAAUGGCAAAUGGGCAGAACAAGGUGAUACAGGUGUGGCAGGUCAGUACUCAGGUGAUUGUGAACGGGAUUCUUAA